AUGAGUGGGCACCAGUUCACCCGAGAGAGAGGGGGAGGUAUGGAAGGCUGGAUAGAGGAGAGGUUAGACAAGGUGUUGGCCACGACAGGUUGGAGUGAUAUGAAUGGCGGUGCUUGGAUUGAAAAUAUACUGACUCGUACUUCGGAUCACUCGACUCUUUUCCUCAAUAUUAAUGCAACGACUUUGCAUAGGGGUAGGGGUUCGAGGGGUUUUAGGUUCAAGAUGGCUUGGCUCCAUGAUGAGGGGUGCAGGGAUGUGGUUGAGACUGUCUGGCAGGAUGGGAUGACUGAGGGGUUGCUGAAUUAUCAGCAGCAUUGUGGUAGUAGACUGAUGCGGUGGGGAGGGGAACACUUUCAUAAGUUUGGGGACCGUAUGAAACAACUGCAAAAGAAGCAGGAAGUGUUGAGAGAUCGGAGGGACCAGGUUGCGUUGGCCGAGUUCCAGCGAUUGGAGGGUUUACUUUGCCAGCUGGAGGCCUAG